ACAGCUCAAACAAAGUCAGCUGUUAUGUAAGACCAAGUACCGCUUAUAAAAGGGAACGCUGACGCUGUUGGCUAUGCUCAGUUUGAAAUUCAUUCUGGAAUUGAUUUCUGAACUACGACGUUUAAGAUGAUGAAGUUGGCUAUUCUGUUAGUCGUCGGCGUUAUCGCCAAACAGGCAUACGGGGAUGAGCCUGAAGCUAUAGUGGGUGGCAGCAUGGCAACGCGCGGGCAAUUUCCACAUCAAAUCUCUCUUCAGUACUACGGUUCGCAUAUUUGCGGGGGCACAAUUAUUGGCUCCAGAAAAAUCCUCUGCGCUGCUCACUGUGUUGAAGAUAUGAGCCUGAGUUCCUUGACAGUUGUAAGCGGUGGUAUCCGUAGCUCCGGCGACGGGGAAAGGCACGAGAUCGAGAGUAUAAAGGUACAUCCAGGUUAUACUGGUCGACAGUCGGACGGCUGGAAGGACGAUAUCUGUGUGAUCACUCUGAAAAAACCGAUUGCAAUGAGCAGCGUCCAAAAUGUAAUUCCUCUAGCCAGUAGGGAUUAUGCUACUGGAAGUUAUCGCGGUACAAUUAGCGGAUUCGGAAAGACUAGUGUAAAUUCGGGUGUUUCGCCUUACCUUCUAUACGCCAAUGUGAACAUUUUGAGUACCAAGGACUGCUUAGCUGCACACCCGAGAAACAGUUGGGGUGGCGCAUACACCACUGAAAAACAAAUAUGCAUUUUGGAAAAGCGUGGAAUAGGUGCUUGCCAAGGUGACAGUGGCGGUCCUCUCAUUUGCAAUGGUGAAGUUGUUGGUGUCACCUCUUGGGUCGCGCCCUGUGCUUUGGGUGUUCCUGAUGUAUACACUUGUGUCCUACCUUAUUUGAGUUGGAUUAAGGCAAAUCUAUAGAAGUAUUGAUCAUUCGAAUGACCACAGUCGACCGGCGAUCUAUAUUCCAGGCAUUACUUACAAUUUUCAGUUACUGCGUGUGAAACGUAAUAUAAUUUUGUAUCAUUCUUAUGAAAGAUACCAAUGAUGUAACAUCAGUAACAUCAUUUCUAUAAGAAUGAUAUUAAAGUGUAAUCUCGUUGAAUGAUAUAAAAGAAUCAAUAAAAAAUAAUCGUAUUAUGCAAAAUAAA